UAUUCUUAUAUAUAUAUAUGCAAUAUUUCAAACAAAUAUCACGUGGCUACAAACAAUUUUUUUCUAUAUAUACUCGAUAUUGUGAUGGCUAUGAUAUACGAUUAUAUGAUAGUAAACACUGCGUUACAGUUGCGACGACCUCAUCUAACUAUGAUUCUGACCGAGAUAAGCCGAAUUUGUUACGUGUGCAAAAAACUAUUUUGCUGCGCGCAAUGCCGUGAACGACAUGAGGAGAAGAAACACACAAAACGUUACCCGAACUGUCCAUUCUGCAUGAAUCAGAAACUUCCGUUAAAAUUCUUCGAGGAUAAGGCACUUCUCUGUCACAUAGUAAUAACACAUCUACCUCUUCAUUGUUGCUUGUGUGGUGAAGUUUUCAAGCAGAGUAAGGAUUUUGAAUCGUUCGGUUCUUGCAAAUGGUGGAAAUCUCAGCGUCAUUCGCUAGUAUCUGGAGAGCAGAAAUCCAUAGGGACACCACCUUUACCUUCAGAAGAAUCGGGAUCGCCUUUGUUUAAUGAUAAUUGCGCUCCACUGACCUCACCACCAGAACUUCAUAGAAAUACUAGCACGCCUAUGAUCCUGGGACAAAAGGCGAGUUUCGAUUUUAAAACACCCAACGUUUCGAACUUCUUUUUAAAAACACCAGUAACUAAUUCUGCAUCGUCUAAAAACAGUGAAACUCGUAGCGAUUUGCAAGAAAAUAAUUCGAAGUGCGACAAUUCGAGUAGCAAUUACGUGAUCUUUCCUUCUACCACUCACGAGGAAACUCCCUUCCAUUCCGUGCCAUCGAAAUACGAAAAUAAAGAGGAAUUUUCCCAUAAUAAAUCUAAAAACUUGGAUAACAUGAAAGAUAAUAUCAAUCCGACUGAAUGUUCCAAUAAUUGCGAAUUAGAAGAUAUGGAAUUAACUAAUAUCGAAGAUGAAAUAUUACCAGAUUCUCAAGGUACGGAUAAAUAUCAAGGGGAGAAACGAUCAGAUUCUACAAAGAAAGUUCGAUUUUCUGAUCAAUAUGAGGAUCCAUCGGAGCCUAACUCGACAACAGAAAAUGAAGAAUACUUCGAAGCAUGCGAGACGUUAUCGGAGAUGAAGGAAUCUUUGCAGAAACACAAAUCACAGAUCAAAAUUUAUGAGGAUAAUGCGAAGAACAUAGAAAAAGAAAAUCAUAAUCCGAGCAAAGUGAAUGUAAUCGAUAAUAAUGAACAAGCAUCCAGUUCCUCGCGAAUAAUAAUGAUGGUAGUAGUAGAGAAUAAUUCUAAUGUUUCAACUUCUGAUGUAAUUGAUACUAGUUUAAAAAAACUGAAAUAUAUCACUUCAAAUUUUACAAACAACAACCAAAGCUCUUCUAGUUGCAAUUCAAUAACAUCCAUAGAUAGUUAUUACAGUGUCUCUAAUUCACCAUUGAGCGAAUCAAGUAACUCUUCUCAAAGAGAUUCGAAUGUUUCGUCGAAUAGUAAUUCUGAUAGCAGUAAUACUGGUGGGAUUUUAUCCGUAGUUACUAACGCAGUUAAAAGUGUCAUGAGAAACUUUUCCACUAUGGCUUCCUCCAAGACUGUUACAAGUGAAAUCUCUAAAAAUGAAGACAGCCCAACAUCCUCCACUUCAGAUACUUUUGAUUUCUUAUCAAAUUUUGCGUCAUCCUUAUCUCAAAGACCAGGAAAACGAUCAAGGGAUGCUAUAGAAAGUUCACCCACGAAAAAAUCAACAGAAUUUGUCAUUCCUCAGAUUGAAGUAAGAAGUCCUAUCGCGAAACGUCAAUGUGGGUGGUAUAAAAUUAAAGCGCGUGAACCAAUUGCAAGAAUGAAAAAUAAUAGACCUCCUCGAAGAGUGUCGUUAGAAACUCAAGUUUUCCAUCAGGGUUCAUUAUCGGUUGGCAAUACAGUUUUGCCCCUUCCCGAUAGAGCACAUCAAUCUACGCAAACCGAAUAAUAUAUUUGAUAAUAAUUUGAAUUUUAACAAUUGAUCUCAAAAUAUGAUAUUUUAUUAAAAAACGAUAUAUUUUAUUAUAUUGAAUUAUUGAAUUAUAAAUUUAUAUUUUUGCAUAAAUAAUAUUGUCAAAAUAA